CUCCAUAAUAUUAGACAUGUAAAUAGGAAGACGAGUUUCAAUAGGCGUAAAAUUUCCCCCAAAAGUGAAACCUUUAUGCGCAAUGGUAGGUUCGCUGCCAUUUGGCCCUUCAGUAUUUCAGAAAAUUUUGAGGGAAGGAGAUGGAUGAGCUGUGUGUUCAGUUUUGUUGAACCGGGGAAGUGGAAAAAGAAGACUUAGGAGCGAGUAGAAGUGUACUGUGAAACCCUAGCGCACCAAAGUCGUCUCCGUCUCCGUCCCAUAUUUUGCUCAGAAGAAACAACAAUGGUUUAGGUUUUAGAUACUUUUAGUGAGGUUUGAUCCUGUCGGGUCUGGUUUGGGUGUUUGUGCUUGAAACUUCGACUAAUGGAGGGUCUGCAGAAGGUGCUCCAAAAGAUACCAAGAGAGCACAAGUUGGGCUCUUCCUAUUCAGAGAAACCAUCUUUUAGUGGAGGAGUGUCUGCUUCAUCUUCAGAACAUUCUCAAGUUUUGGCCACUAGAGUUCCCAGACAGGUAGUGUCAUUGUGGACCUGCUCAAAACUUUGUGCAAUUUUCUUUGCUGCUGGAGUAAUUGUGGGAUACACUCUGAAGCGACGUGUCCGGCAUUGGGCCUCGAAGCUUCUAAAAAAAUUGAAGGAUGACUAGCACCACCCAGUUCUAUGGACAAACACUAUUCUCCCAUGGAUCUGCUUCUUUCCAUAUCCACUGAAAAUUUGUUGACAAUGAUGAAAAAGUUUUGGCGGAGGGGUAUUGAUUUGGAGUAGUUUCCAAGCUCUAGAUGGGCAACUGUUGGCACCUUGUUGUAUCCUUAUUUGAUUUGACUGUGAAGUUUCAAGGUGGAUGGAUAUGAGCACAGGUCGUUUUAUGGUAUGUAGGCUUCACAUUGUCAUUGUUUGAAUUUUUUGAGAUAUACUUGGCAUGGUUAAUAUUAGCAGGUUCAUCCUGCAUGAAGUUCGCUCUUUCUUU